GCGCCCACACCCACGUGGACGCGCAGGCUGCCUGUAGCGCUUCUCGGCUUCUCUCGCAGAGACCCGCAGGGCUGAGCCAGCGCUGGGAGCCCCAGGGACGUCACAGCCCGCAGCCCUGGUGCCCGGUGCCCUCGAGUCCUCGCGCGUCCGCAUCCUUCCCGCGGACCUCUCCUCUCCCCGAUGGCUACCCGCUGCUCUGCCUGGCCGUGGUGGCGGCUGCUGCUGUUGCUGCUACUGUGGGGGCCCAUGGACGCCGGGGGCCAGGAGGAGGACUACGAAGAGCUGAUGCUGGCCCUCCCGUCCCAGGAGGACGGCCUGGCUGACGACGCCCCGCAUGUGGCCACCGCCACCUUCCGACGUUGCUCCAAGGAGGCCUGGAGGCUGCCAGGCACUUACAUAGUGGUGCUGAUGGAGGAGACCCAGCGGCUCCAGGUUGAACAAGCUGCCCACCGCCUACAGACCCGGGCGGCCCGCCGGGGCUAUGUCAUCAAGGUUCUGCACAUCUUCUAUGACCUCUUCCCCGGCUUCUUGGUGAAGAUGAGCAGUGACCUGUUGGGCCUGGCCCUGCAGUUGCCUCAUGUGGAGUACAUCGAGGAAGACUCGCUUGUCUUCGCCCAGAGCGUCCCAUGGAACCUGGAGCGGAUUAUCCCAGCUUGGCACCAGGCGGGGGAAGACAGCUCCCCAAACGGAAGUGGCCAGGUGGAGGUGUACCUCUUAGAUACCAGCGUCCAGAGUGGCCAUCGGGAAAUUGAGGGCAGGGUCACCAUCACUGACUUCAACAGUGUGCCCAAGGAGGAUGGGACACGCUUCCACCGACAGGCGAGCAAGUGUGACAGCCAUGGCACCCACCUGGCAGGCGUGGUCAGCGGCCGGGAUGCUGGUGUGGCCAAGGGCACCAGCCUGCACAGUCUGCGAGUGCUCAACUGUCAAGGGAAGGGCACAGUCAGGGGCACCCUCAUAGGCCUGGAGUUUAUUCGGAAAAGCCAGCUAAUCCAGCCUUCAGGGCCGCUAGUGGUGCUACUGCCCUUGGCGGGUGGGUACAGCCGGGUCCUUAAUGCUGCCUGCCAGCAUCUGGCCAGGACUGGGGUGGUGCUGGUUGCUGCAGCUGGAAACUACCGGGAUGAUGCCUGCCUUUACUCUCCAGCUUCUGCUCCAGAGGUCAUCACCGUUGGGGCCACUGAUGCCCAGGACCAGCCAGUCACCCUGGGGACCUUGGGGACCAACUUUGGACGCUGUGUGGACCUCUUUGCCCCUGGGAAGGACAUUAUCGGCGCAUCCAGUGACUGUAGCACAUGCUUCAUGUCCCAGAGUGGGACAUCACAGGCUGCCGCUCAUGUGGCUGGCAUUGUGGCCACAAUGUUGACUCGGGAGCCGGCGCUCACCCUGGCUGAGCUGCGGCAGAGGCUGAUCCACUUCUCUGCCAAAGACAGCAUCAACAUGGCCUGGUUCCCCAAGGACCAGCAGGUGCUGACCCCCAACCUGGUGGCCACACUGCCACCCAGCACCCAUGGGACAGGUGGGCAGCUGCUCUGCAGGACAGUGUGGUCAGCACACUCGGGGCCCACUCGCACAGCUACUGCUACAGCCCGCUGUGCCUCGGAAGAGGAGCUGCUGAGCUGCUCUAGCUUCUCCCGGAGCGGGAGGCGACGUGGUGACCAGAUUGAGGCCACGGGGAGCCAGCAGGUCUGCAAGGCCUUCAAUGCAUUUGGGGGUGAGGGUGUCUACGCUGUCGCUAGGUGCUGCCUGCUUCCCCGUGCCAACUGCAGCAUCCACGCCACCCCUGCAGCCAGAGCUGGCUUGGAGACCCGUGUCCACUGCCGCCAGAAGGACCAUGUCCUCACAGGCUGCAGCUUCCACUGGGAUGUGGAAGACCUUGGUGUUCAGUGGCAGCCUGUGCUGAAGUCCAGACACCAGCCUGGCCAGCACGUUGGCCACCGGGAAGCCAGCGUCCAUGCUUCCUGCUGCCAUGCCCCAGGCCUGGAGUGCAAAAUCAAGGAGCAUGGGAUCCCAGGGCCCGCAGAGCAGGUCACCGUGGCCUGUGAGGCAGGCUGGACCCUGACUGGGUGCAAUGUCCUCCCUGGGCCAUCCCUCACUCUGGGGGCCUACGCUGUGGACAACACGUGUGUGGCAAGAAGCCGUGACUCCGGCACAGCAGGCAGGGCCAGUGAAGAAGCCACGGUAGCCGCUGCCAUCUGCUGCCGGAGCCGGCCUUCAGCAAAGGUCUCCUGGGCUCACCAGUGACAGCCUGAGGCAGGGCUGGUGCCUGUGGCUUGGUCAUACCUGCCUGGCCCUCCUGUAGCUGGCCAAGGGUGGGGAGACUGCCUAGGAGAACUUGGGUGUCUCGCCCUGGGAACCCAUCCUGGUGAAUGUGUGGGGAAGGCUCUCCUUCAUGGCGGGGCCUGUGCUUGGCAUUCUGCUAUCAAAGAGGUUAAGCUGUGGUCGACUCCGGCCGGCUGUUUCAGUUUAUCAGAAUCUGAGGGCACUUGCUGCUAAGGCAAGUUCAGGCCUCAGGCCUGCAGGAAGAUGAUAUCGAGAGAGAGAGAGAGACUAAGUGCCAGACUGGGAAAGUGUGAAAGCUGCUGGGACCCCUCAGAGCCUGCUCACACUGGAGACACCAUUUUGGGCUCCCUGGUGAAAUGCAGACCAGUCACACACACAUCCAGGGCUGAAGAUGAAAGCCAGGGGUGAUUCCAGCUGUGAGGCCAUAGCUGUAUCUUCAGGAUGUCCUCUGCUGCACCCCAGGCUUUGGCCCUGCUGUGAGCCCCCAGCUAACUUUGUUUACACUGGAGAACCACACAGCACUUACCUCACCUCAACCCACCCCCUCUACUACCCUGCACACUGGAGCAGAGAGGUGAGUGCCUGGUGACGUCAUACAGCCAGCGGCGCCGGGACAUAAAUCCAGAGUGGCUGGCCCUGAAGCCAUGCCUCUUGGCAGUACCAGGCUGGGUGCCCUAUUUCCGAAGCAAACAAGAAGCCUCCGCAGCUUGUUCCUGGCCCACUCCUCAGAGCACAGUCCUGUCCCAUGGCUCCCUUAGCCCCAGUCCCACAGAUUGCGAGGAGACUAGGGGUGGCAGAGAGCCGACUAUACUCAGUCACACAAGCUGACAAGACCACCACUGUCCAUCCCGCCUCUUUUGCCUUCUUACAGUAAGCCUUCCCCACCUGUACUGCUUUUGUAACUUGAUAUUUAUUCUGGGUUUUGUAGAGUUUUUAUUAUGUAGUGAGUUUUCAGAAUAAAAGCAGCUGACGUGACUGCCUGCA